CCGUUCACCAUCUGUAAGCAUGGCGGCUGACUUCAGGUGGGGAUGUGCUGUGCUUUUGCUCUGUACGUAUUUGAUAUGUAUUUUAGCAACGGACGGUCAAAAUAACAAGCCCAAGAAGAAGAAAGAUAUCCGGGAUUACAAUGAUGCUGAUAUGGCACGGCUUUUGGAAGAAUGGGAGAAAGACGAUGACAUCGAGAGGAGGGCGACCUCCUGAGCACAGACGGUCCCCCCGCCUAUCGACUUUUCCAAGGUGGAUGCUUCCAAGCCUGAGGAGCUGCUGAAGAUGUCGAAGAAAGGAAAAACUCUGAUGGUGUUUGCCACGGUGGAGGGAGAGCCUACGGAGAAGGAAACUGAGGAGGUGACCAGUCUGUGGCAGAGCAGCCUCUUCAAUGCCAAUUUUGACAUUCAGAGGUUUGUGGUGGGCUCCAACCGGGUCAUCUUCAUGCUGCGAGAUGGCAGCUUCGCGUGGGAGGUCAAGGACUUCCUGGUGGCCCAGGAGCGCUGCGCAGAGGUCACCGUGGAAGGCCAGGUGUUCCCCGGGAAGGCCGCCAAGAAAGAUGACAGCGCCAAGCAGCAGAACGAAGUGAACACCAAAAAGAAGGGCAAGAAGAAGUCGGAGGGCAAGAAACCCGACCUGGACGGCAACAGAGCGAGUAAAGACAAGGUUGAACUGUGAUUGGCUGAUGAUGGAGAGAGAGAUGGGAUUGGCAGAACAAUCACAAGGCCCGUCCAGACCAGCAACACCACCUAGCUUCUUUUACUUUAGUAUUUGCAGAUCUGAGGCCAAUGGGUAGAAGGAAGAUGCGUCUGACUACUACCUAGCCUUUCAAUCAGGCUUUAUGGAGCUGCUACAGAUCUGCAGACACUGAGGUGGUAGAGGCUAGGGAAGGGACUUGGAGAGAGGUUCAACGGUGACUCAGCACAAGACAGUUUGUGGCACUGUGUACUCUUUCAAACCUAUUAAAGUCAGGGUCAAUGACUGACCUCAGAGCAGAUGUUAAAGUGUAGCUUUGAGGUUUAUGGUUUAUUUUACACCUGUCACUGAGUCUGAAGGUCAAAAUGUUAGUUUGUACAGCUUGUCGAUGACUUGUCUCUUUUACAAUGUGACAUUUUUUAUUUUGAAACAAUUUCUGAAUCCAACCAGUGCUUCAAUAUGACUUUUUGUCAUUGUUUUCCAGUACAUUUGUUAGAGGCAUUGUAUUUCAUUAUUCCAAUAAAACAUAAGUAAUAAAAGGAAAUUAUUUGAGCACAAACUGAUUUUCCUACCUGUGCCAAAACCACUGAUUUAGUACUGCACAACACAGGUAAUGAGUUCUAUUUGGGACGCACACAUAGAUGACUGAUUAUUUUUGAUUGUUGAUUUCUUGUAUUCACCUUCAAUAAUACAGUUGAGUUCAGUAUUGACUUGUAGCAUACAAUUGCAGUGGUCACGUUGUACAUGGAUCUUCAAUAAAUGACAGAAUAAAAGGA